UGGUGGUUCCCAGGCUGAGGGUCAGAGAGGACUUGCGGGGAAGGAUGAUGGCAGAGGUCACAGUACAGACCAAGACCUGGUCAGUGUGGCCCUUCGGGGGGCGCACGUGUGCAGUGCAGCAGGAAAGAAGUGCCAGGAGGGUUCUGUCCCCAACUCCAGGCCACGAGGGAGGAGGAGCUUCUGUGAGAGCCAGCUGUGAGGAAGAAGGUGCCCUGAGAUCAUCUGGUCACGAGGACAGGGGUGGAGAGUCAGCCAGUGAGGAGCUUGAGGACUGAGAGGUGCCUGUUCACCAUGAGCUGUGGACUCGGGGGCAAGCAGAGCCAGUGGGGUGGGGAGAGUCCGGGCAAGUGCAGGCCUGUGGGCAUGGGGAGAUGGGAGAGGUGAGCUGUCCACCGGGACCGCCAUUUAGGGUGGUGAUCUCAGAGGACAAGGCCAUUUGGCUGGUGGAAUUAGCUGGUCCAGGAUUCCAAGGAGAACUCUGGUUUCCAGGAUCUUCAGCGAGGGCACAGGCUAAGGGUGACCCAGGCUGCAGGUGCCAAAAGUAAGGGACCUGGCCUUCUACUUACUGUGAACUGCACAUGGCAUAGAGGGUGCAGGCAACGCUCAUCAAGCAGCUGACUUAAGCAGCCUGUACAGUGGAGUAUAGGUCUUCCUUUAUCCCUAGGCUAAGAGUCAGGCGGCUCCGCGAGCUUCCUGGCUGCAGGUAAACCAUAGCAAUCCCUGCUGUCCUUUACCUCUGACAGCACAGACAUUACGAGGAGUUCUCAUGCCCAGUGCCAGGCACUAGGCCACACUUCUUUCUUCACUUGGAGUUAAGGCUUCUCCCUGCAGUUCUGGCCCUCAGCUGGGGCUGAUUCAGGCCAGCCUUGGGAAGCCGGGGACCAUCAGCUCGUUUUGUUUCUCACCUCGUCCUGGUUGAUCCCCAGGGGCUGCGGUGCCAAAGAGGGAGGAGAUGUCUGGGCAGGGAGGUUCUGACUUGAGUAGGCCCUGGCUCUGGCUCCUGCCUGACAAGUUUUACCUGACUCCUCCCUGCAGGUGCUCCACGGUCUGCUCAGAAUCCCCUCCCCAGACACCCCCACAUCUGGGCACUGUAUCCCUAAUCCGUUCUUCACAGCCUCCAUAAACCUGGAGCUCACUUCCAGAUUCUGACAGCCGAGGCCCCACGCCCCCCUUCUAGGUGGCCCAAUGGACAGGGUCUCAGAAGACCCUCACAUUGUCUUUUUCAUGCAUGUGGCCCACACCUAGUACACACACACACACACAUACACAUACACACUAAAAAACACCACCCAUUCUUUGCCCUACCCCAGGGUGCAGGUCAGUCCAAACCAACAGCUCAGCUCCACCCCACGGUGGAAGCAGAGAGCCCCCCACAGGCCUCUGCCCUCUACCUGCUCAGGCCAAGGCAGACUCCAUCGUCAGUGACCCCAGCUGAGGGGGCAGCUUACCAAGCUCUCCAAAUUUCCCUGCCAAACCCCCUCUACCCCAAAAUCUUGGGGCUGGGGGCAAGCAACCCCCGACACCCUUUCCCCUUAUUGUUGGAAAAAUAUAAUAAGGAUUUAGCCAAAGAAAUAGUCACAAAACCCUUGUGUAUCCUCAUCCCAGGGCCUUUAGAAUGGUCGGUCCAGUUUAGUCCAGUAUUUACUAUGCACACUGACCUCUCGUUCAGCAAUUUUUUGUGUUGUAUCUUGGAGCCCCAGUAGGAACUUCCAUUUUUUGGCCUGUUACACUUCUUUUAAGGCUUGGCUCAAUCCACCCCCUUCCAUAGGCCUCCCCCAAACCUCCCGCCACCACUGGACUUUGCUCCUUCCUCCUGCUCUUCAGCUGGGAGGAGCUGGGGGGAUGUUGACCUGUUUUGUGCUGAGGGUCCCUUCCUGCUGGGCUGGGAACCACCGCACAGGGCUGGUGUCCCUCCCAGGGCCAGGUGCACCGCGGGUGCCCGCCUCCUGUAAGAAGGACAACUGACCACACCCUUCCGUCUUGCGGGUUCUCUGAGAGGAUCGCCUGGACAAAUGAGGCCUCUUCCUUGAAUAUCAACACCUGCCUAGAAUCUUAAAUCAUUUGGAAUGAAACUCUUCCUGCCUGGAUUUCACAAUCCAUGCCUUCUGAAUAGAAAAUCCAUAGUGGUCCUACUCCGUGACUCUGGGUCAUUGACACGCAUGUGACUCUUCCAAGAACGCCCUUGGUUGAGAAUGAGUUGCCCUAUUUUAUAGGUCAUUUCACCUUAAUUUGGACUGUGUUUUGCAGCAUCCUUUGUGCUUUGCCUGCUUUUAAUGACAUUCCCCGCGCCAUCCAACUGUCAGUUGCCCGUCCCCCAGCUGUCCGUGGGCAGCUCUGCCCACCUCGGGCAGCGUCUCUCCCACUGCUAGGUUGUCGUUUUCAAAGUGCUGUGAGCUGGAGCACAAGUACCAGAGCCCUGGUGGAAAAUCAGAGGCCCAAGUGGGGGCUCAGGGCUCGGUGAUAUGGUGAAGGCGGGGGCUUUGGGCAGACUUCACAGUAUCUAUUCACAGCCUUGGGCCCCUCCCGCACUCUCUGGGCUCUGGAUAACUAAGUUGCGUGGUGAGCUUAAAAUAGUCUCAUGCCUUUGAGGAGAGGCUGGGGUGAGCCCAAACCUGCUGGAUUAGGAUUGGGCUCAGCCUUGGACAUCUGUGAGGGAAGCUGGGGACAGAGCGCAUGGGCAGUAGGACCCGUAGGGCUGGGGUGGGCCCCUCGGGUUGGGGGCGUAAGAGGAAGUGCAGGACUCAGAUCCUCUCUUGGCUGCACUCACCUUUCCUUCUCUGGAAGAGCAAUCGGUCCAGGAGCCUCACUGUGGUCUUGGUGGCCUGAGUGCAGAAUUUUCCAGCUCUUCCUGAGUUACACUCAAGGGUGAGGCCAGCCUUGUAGGCACAGCCCCUCCAUACAGCUCACCCCCAGAGAACUUGGGGCCGACCAUCUAAGGCACCUGGUCCUUCCUGUUUUCCUGAUGAUGCUGACACUGCUCACACAUCACUUGCCCCUCUUGCUGAUCUGCAAAGCUCUCCUUCAACUUUAAAUAUGAGCGUGAAGGACCCUUCCUCUAUAAAGACUUGGUAAUUAUGGGGAGGAUACCCGUUGAGCCCCACUCAGCUGAGAAGACCCUGGCCUUCCUCCCAGCGCAGUGGCCCACUCCCUGAGGCUCGGUGUGACCUGUGCCUGAUGCUCUGAGUCAGGGGGUGAGGGAGGCAGGGAAGAGGGGGCCCAGGGUCUAUAUUUCACUUCCCUUCCCCCCAAAAGGGAUCCCAUGUCCAGGUCUGGGAUGUUCAUAGGAUGCUGGGUUGGAGGGGCAGUCAGCAGGAUCCCUUACCUGCCGCUCCAGCCUGGACCCCUGGCCUGUGUGUGCAGCCGGAUGCAGAGCAGAUACUCACAAGAGUAAGAUGUCUCAAAUUCAGCUACUCCAGGACAGUGUGUGCGGGCACGCCUGUGUGCCUGCUGUCUGGGCCCCUUGGCUAGAUGGUGGUAGUGUCCAUUUAUCUGCGUUAACCCCAAGAUCAUGCAGGCCCUCCGGGUUUGCAGAGGGUCUCAGGAAUGCAUCCUGACCUCACCCCAGCCUCAGUGGUGCUGUGAGGCCACGCCUACGAGGACACCCAGGCUCAGUCGCUCAGCAACCUGCCCACGGUCACUCUACAGUUGGGAAAGGAAUGAAGCCCGGAGCGCCUCAAAGUCCAGCCUGGUGGUUACUGACAAGCAGAUGAGCCUGGAGCUGACAGCCAUGGAGCCUGGAGUUUCGGGAAAUGGGCUCAGCACCAAGGCCGUUCCUCACUCAGCACUGGGGCCUGGAGUCAGCCUGCACGCCUACGACAUCGCGGUCCUGGUCACCUACUUUGUCUUUGUUAUCGGUGUGGGGCUCUGGUCAUCCAUUCGUGCAAGCCGAGGGACCAUUGGCGGCUACUUCCUGGCAGGGAGGUCCAUGAGCUGGUGGCCAAUCGGAGCAUCUCUGAUGUCCAGCAACGUGGGCAGCGGCUUGUUCAUCGGCCUAGCUGGGACAGGGGCCGCUGGAGGCCUCGCUGUGGGUGGCUUCGAGUGGAACGCAACCUGGCUGCUUCUGGCCCUUGGCUGGAUCUUCGUCCCUGUGUACAUCGCAGCCGGUGUGGUCACAAUGCCGCAGUACCUGAAGAAGCGAUUUGGAGGCCAGAGGAUCCAGGUGUACAUGUCUGUCCUGUCUCUCAUUCUCUACAUCUUCACCAAAAUUUCAACUGACAUCUUCUCUGGAGCCCUCUUCAUCCAGAUGGCCUUGGGCUGGAAUCUUUACCUCUCCACGGUGAUCCUGCUGGUGGUGACGGCCGUCUACACCAUCACAGGGGGCCUCACGGCUGUGAUCUACACAGACACUCUGCAGACCGUGAUCAUGGUUGGGGGAGCCCUGGUCCUCAUGUUUCUGGGCUUUCAGGAGGUGGGCUGGUACCCAGGUCUGGAGCAGCGGUACAGGCAGGCCAUCCCUAAUGUCACAGUCCCCAACACCACCUGUCACCUCCCCCGACCCGAUGCCUUUCACAUGCUCCGGGACCCUGUGAACGGAGACCUCCCCUGGCCAGGCCUCAUUUUCGGGCUCACAGUGCUGGCCACCUGGUGCUGGUGCACCGACCAGGUCAUUGUGCAGAGGUCUCUCUCCGCCAAGAGUCUGUCCCACGCCAAGGGAGGCUCUGUGCUUGGGGGCUACCUGAAGGUCCUGCCCAUGUUCUUCAUCGUCAUGCCCGGCAUGAUCAGCCGCGCCCUGUACCCAGAUGAGGUGGGCUGCGUGGACCCUGACGUCUGCCAAAGGAUCUGCGGGGCCCGAGUGGGAUGCUCCAACAUCGCCUACCCCAAGCUGGUCAUGGAUCUCAUGCCAGUGGGUCUGCGGGGCCUGAUGAUCGCCGUGAUCAUGGCCGCCCUCAUGAGCUCACUCACCUCCAUCUUCAACAGCAGCAGCACCCUUUUCGCCAUCGACGUGUGGCAGCGCUUCCGCAGGAAGGCGACGGAGCAGGAGCUGAUGGUAGUGGGCAGAGUGUUUGUGGUGUUCCUGGUCGUCAUCAGCAUCCUCUGGAUCCCCAUCAUCCAAAGUGCAAACAGCGGGCAGCUCUUCGACUACAUCCAGUCUGUCACCAGCUACCUGGCCCCGCCCAUCACCGCCCUCUUCCUGCUGGCCAUCUUCUGCAAGAGGGUCACAGAGCCUGGAGCCUUCUGGGGCCUCAUGUUUGGCCUGGCAGUGGGGCUUCUGCGCAUGAUCCUGGAGUUCUGUUACCCAGCCCCAGCCUGCGGGGAGGCGGACCCGAGGCCAGCUGUGCUGAGGGACUUCCACUACCUCUACUUUGCACUCCUCCUCUGCGGGAUCACGGCCAUCGUCAUCAUCACUGUCAGCCUCUGCACAACUCCCAUCCCGGAGGAAAAGCUCGCUCGCCUGACGUGGUGGACACGGAACCGCCCCCACUCUGAGCUGGAACAGGAGGCCAGUGAGAACACAGCAGGGACAGUGGAGGUGCCCCCCAAAGAGGUCCCUGCAGGAGCUGGAGGGGCAGACAACUCCAUCCGGGGCGAGGAGCAGCCUGGAGCCUCACGCAGGUCCUGGGGGAAGCUGCUGUGGGGCUGGUUCUGCGGGCUCUCGGGGGCCCCGGAGCAAGCGCUGAGCCCCGCGGAGAAGGCGGCCCUGGAGCGGAAGCUGACCAGCAUUGAGGAAAAGCCGCUCUGGAGAAGCGUCUGCAACAUCAACGCCGUCCUCCUGCUGGCCGUUAACGUCUUCCUCUGGGGCUAUUUUGCGUGACCUCGCGGGCCUGGCAUCAGCUGAGACAGAUUAAACACAGCCAGGCCUG